CACCGUCUCUCGAACGGGCCAUGGGCGACAGCUCUCACUGCACACCUAUAAAACGCGAACUCGUAUGAAAUUUAGCUCCCAUUUUCUCGCCGGAGAUCCUUCAAUCACCUGAUUACACGGCCGUACCGGCGGCGGAGGGCGGUGGCGCGGCGGUGUUUGGUCGGUUUGGCCUUAUCUACAGGCGGUGAUGGCUAACUUCCACCGCCUCUUCCGAGUUCUGUUGCUGCUUUUCACUCUUUCAGGUUCAGCAAUUCGAACUCUGAGCGUUGGAAUUGGAAUUAACUAUGGCCAGAUCGCUAAUAAUCUGCCAUCUCCAUCGCGCGUCGCCAUUCUUCUCCAAAGUCUAAAUAUCAGCAGAGUAAAACUGUACGAUGCCGACCCCAAUGUCCUGUUCGCCUUCUCCAGAAGUAAUGUCAAUUUCAUCAUAGGACUUGGGAAUGAAUAUCUUCAGAGCAUGGCCGAUCCUCAGAAAGCCCAAGCUUGGGUUCAACAACAUGUUCAAACGCACAUCACUCAGACUCAAAUCACCUGCAUCACUGUUGGAAAUGAAGUAUUCAGCUCUAAUGAUACCCAAUUAAGGUCUAGUCUUCUUCCUGCAAUGCAAUCUGUUUAUAAUGCGCUUGUUAAUCUUGGGCUGGAUAAGCAGGUAUCUGUUACCACAGCUCAUUCCCUUACCAUCUUAGGGAACUCUUUCCCUCCGUCUGCUGGGGUAUUCAGGCCAGAUCUCGCUGAAUACAUACAGCCAAUUCUCAAUUUCCACGCUCAGGUCAAAUCGCCUUUUCUUAUAAAUGCAUAUCCUUAUUUUGCAUACAAGGAUAACCCUGGCCAAGUUUCUCUAGAGUAUGUGCUUUUCCAGCCUAAUCAAGGGAUGACUGAUCCCAUUACAAAUUUGCACUAUGACAAUAUGCUGUAUGCUCAAAUCGAUGCUGUUUAUGCCGCCAUCAAAGCGAUGGGGCAUACAGAUAUUCAAGUCCAGAUUUCGGAGACUGGUUGGCCAUCUCGGGGUGAUCCAAAUGAGGCUGGUGCUACGCCAGAGAACGCCGGGUUGUACAAUGGUAAUUUGCUAAGAAGAAUACAGAAUGGACAAGGAACCCCGGCCAAGCCAUCAGUUCCUAUCGAUAUCUAUGUUUUCGCUCUAUUUAAUGAGGAUCUGAAGCCUGGUCCGGCUUCUGAAAGAAACUAUGGUCUUUACUAUCCAGAUGGUACACCAGUUUAUAACAUUGGAUUACAGGGGUAUCUCCCAGAGUUGUUGUAUUCAUCUUCCAAAAGAAAUGUUUUCUCAGUUUUCAGCUUGUUUAUGGUAUUCAUAGCCUGCUUAAUCUACAAUUAAGAGCAUCACCAUCAAUAAUGCGAUAGUAGAGGUACACCAAGCAAUAGAUAGGAAUUCUUUUAUCAGACACCAUGGAAAUCAUAAUUGCCCGAGGAGCUCUAUAGAGAAGCACACCCCAUACAGAUCCUUUCAGCUGCUGCACUUAACUAACCAUCUGUAUUAUAUAUUUACUUCCCAUCCCAUCAUCAAUUUGGUUCAUUGGACGAUUUUUUUGUAGUUUCAAAAGGCAAUAAAGUAUUAUUAUUUCAUUAAUAAACUCUCUCAAUGUCAUGAUUGGAUAAUAUUGAGCUCCAGAAGAAGGAACAGUUUUCUUUUUCUUCCUCUAUUUGCAGCUCCAUUCUGAUGAUCUGAUGUUAAAUCUCACGAACUCAAGGACUAACGUAAAGGGCCAUUCAAUUCAUUCUCUGAGAAUCUGGAAUUGGUAUGGUCUCUCUUCUCUCUCCUCUAAUGGUAUAUCCAACAUAGAAGAACCUAUCUUGUUCAUGAUAAAUUCUGGUAGUCCCCAUCACUCUUGUCUCUCUCUCUCCCCUUCAUUUUACAUGUGAAUCUUGCUCUAAUUUCCAGUAAUCUUCAGCUGUAGCAGCCAUAUGUGAACAUGAUUUCAUGUAAUCUAAACACAUAUCUGAGCUGAGCUGCCCAAUUUGGAACUCCGAAAGUUACCAUCUGGGGAAGGUUGGAUGGACACAUCUAAGAUUGUGGACUUUUUCCUUCCUUUGUUCUUAUUCCUUGAAGGAACGUAAGUUGGGUAUCUGCUUCUGGUGGAGUAAUCAAAUACGCAUUCUCUUUUGACUUUUGACAUCUGCUUCUUUGGUGGGGGCUACUGAUUUUACCAGAUGAUUUUUGGUGUUGAAUCCAUUGAACUGUUGAAGGGUCAGCUUCUCCUUGGCCCUCUGUUUUCUAUUGUGAUAAGUUUUUAUUAUUAUUAUUAUUUUAUUUUGAUGUCUUUUUAGCAGGACUUUGAUUUUUAUUUUUAAAUGGUACCAUUGCCAUAUGAGGAGAAAGAAGAGCCCCAUUUCUAUAUGAGGCGGUGGCUGUCUUUUUCAAAGGGAGGCAUGGGAACAGAUUUGAGUGGCUUCCAGAUAAAGGAAUUGAGUAUGCUUUUAAUUUUUGUGAUAUUUUCAUAAAAUAGGAGGAGGUAGUUAAAUGGAUCUUUUAGGUUUAAAAAGUAGUGAUGUAAUAUCAAUGAUGAAAUAUUUUAGUCCACACGUCUUUGUUCGAUUUU